AACUUUAUAUGAUAAAAUAAACAAACCCGACCUCAAAGCUGUGGAGAACAGGAAGCAGAUCUGCAGGAUCCAGGGCGCCACAACCACAGCAAACUGCAAUCUGUGUUCCACUGUGUUUGGAAAAAUAAACCCAGAUCUUCUAAACCAUCUAAAUAUAGAGGGAUGAAAUAGUCAGGCUAAAGAUUGUGGGUUGACAGAAAGGUCAAAAGUAGAGUUCUGCCUCAGGUAUGUGACAUUAAAGGUGGAAUACACGCAAUACGACAUCCUUACACGAGCACAAUUACUCAACAGCUGAAAGGUAAAUUGGACAGAUGUUGGUGGAGAUCAGGUGACGUGGGCAGGGUGAGCAUCAGGCUGUUAACCAUGAGUUUCCAUGAGGCAGAGAGGAGGCCGGCUCUCUUUCAGAGGCAGUCUUUCGGGCAGAUGUUACAGAACCUGUUCCUUGUCCAGAUGCAUUGGCAACUUUUUACUCUCCUCUCCCUUGUUUGUCAGACGCUUAUAUUGACGUUAGCUGCGAGAAAACGAAGUGAGAGCUGGCGACAGGACUGCAGGAGCUGUCUGGAGUGUUCGAAGGACAAUGGCUGCCUGCGCUGCUCUGAGCGCCUCUUCCUGUUCCUGAACAGAGAUGGCAUGAGUCAACACGGCUCUUGUGUUCACUCCUGUCCCGCCGGACACUUCGGCCUCCGAGCCAAAGAUCUCAACCGCUGCAUGAAAUGCAAAGCUCCAGAGUGCGAGAGGUGCUUCAGCAAAGACUUCUGCACCAAGUGCAAGGGAGGAUAUCUGCUCUUCAAAGGCAAAUGCUUCAAAAACUGUCCAGAGGGCACAUUUCCUCAGUCCACAGACUGCGUUGAAGGCUGUGUGCUCAGUAUCUUUGGGUUUUGGGGUGAAUGGAGCCCAUGUCAGCACAAUGGUCUGAGCUGUGGUGUCAGAUGGGGGCAGCAGAACAGGACCCGUGAGCUGUCCAGAAACACGCCUGAAGAGACAGAAGCAGUCUGCUCACCUAAGACUGAGAGCAGAAAGUGCCGGACGAAGAAAAAGUGUCCAAAAGAUAAAAAGAAAAAUGUAAGGAGAGAAGAAAGAAGAAAAGCACAGAAAAUGCUGAAGCUCUUUGGGAACAUAACUGUCACAGAACCUCCAUGGCAUAUGUAA